GUAAUCAGGACGGAGGAUAUAGGUGAAGCAGAUAUGGAUAAUUUUCGCUGUAGGAUUAUCUAUAUGUUUCUGGCUGAUCAUUGAUGGGAGGAGGAAAAGCUUCUCCUUUUUUACGAGGUUCCUCUAAAGGCGACGGCGACUAUCUGCAAACAUGACCGGCUCUGAGAGAAGCUUGGCUAAAGGCAGUGAUGCCCCAGGUCCAGUGCCACAAGGAUCGAUUAGACUAUACAGCAUGAGAUUCUGCCCCUAUGCCCAGAGAGCAAGACUCGUCCUACUCGCCAAAGGAAUCAAGCAUGAAAUAGUGAACAUCAAUUUGAAGAACAAACCGGACUGGUUUUUUGAGAAGAGCCCUCUGGGUCUUGUACCUUCACUUGAGACAUCUGAUGGGAAGAUCAUCUAUGAAUCGCCAAUUGUUUGUGAAUACCUGGAUGAUGCCUUUCCUGGGACAAAGCUGCUUCCAUCUAACCCCUAUGCAAAAGCUGAACAGAAGAUGUUGCUGGAAGCUUUCUCUGCAAUCACAUCUUUAUUUUCCAAGAUUUUUAUGGCAUUGAAAAACGGUGACGUGGAAACUGAAAUAAAAUCACAGUUCUUUGAGAAGUUCAAAAAGCUGGAAGAGGCUCUGGCUAAGAAAAACACACCAUACUUUGGUGGUGAAUCUGUGUCCUUUUUUGACUAUAUGGCGUGGCCCUGGUUUGAGAAAUUCGGCUUUUGUGGAUUGGAAGGCCUUUUGGAUAAGACCCCAAAUGUCAAAGCUUGGCAGGAUCGUAUGCUGCAAGACCCAGCUGUCAAGGCAACCUACACUGAGUUAGAAGACUUAUCGGGAUUUUACAAGCUCUACAUUGAGAACAGUGUGGAAGCUGCUGAUUACGGCCUUAAUUAGGAAAACUGUUCUCCAAAAUUGUGACCUAAAUGUUGUGCUUUUUACACAGUAAUAAUCAGUACUCUCCUGUGGUUCAUGCCAUCUAAAGCAGGAUUUCCCAGCCUCCUGAGGCCACCAACUACAUCCUUUCCAUCCAGCUGCAUAACUGUUAGUUACAGUUUAAAAUGGGAAACCAAUUAUUUUAACCCAGGAUUCUGGGAGAGGAUCCAGAAGAUCAAGCUGUCAGUUCCUGAGGGAUGGUUUGGGAAAUGUUAAUCUUGGGUACUUGUACUUCAAAUUACCAGUGUAAUAAAAAAAAAUUCCACAAAUU